AUGUCUGGAAACUCGCAAGGAUUACUGCAGCCUCAGAUUUUUGAGAGCUUGCAGAAGAAGAUUGACGAGGAGACCGAAGUCAGAGAUUCUAUCCGUGAAAUUGUCCAAACACUUGAGAAACAAGAUCGAUCGACUCAGGCCAUCCUCUCCCGCGCACACUCAUCAAGCACCAACGAGCUCCCAGCCGUCGUCUCUUCUGCUCAGGAAUCUAUUCACAAGGAGGUUGAGUCCAUUGCCAAGCUUUCAGAUGCUGCUUCAAAGUAUCCUUACUACAAGUACAAUGGCAUGUGGACAAGACAUGUCCAAGACGCUUCCUUCUCCAUUCUAUUCUGCGGAUACCUCGGCGGCUUCUACAAUGCUGAGUCUAGUUCCCAGGAUGGUCGUCUUUUGACCAUCGAGGAGGUCGGUCAAGUCAUGAACAUUCCCGUCAAUGUCAAGGACAGAGACGUCUUCCACCUCACCAUCGAGGAAUACCUUCAAUCCUUGAUUUCUCUGAUUGAUGAACUGGCACGUCUUGCUCGCAACAGUGUAACUCAGGGUGACUACUCUCGCCCUGUACAAAUCGCGAAGUUCAUCAAGCACGUCCAUGCUGGAUUCCAGAUCCUGAACCUUAAGAACGACUCGCUUCGCAAGAGAUCGGAUGGCAUCAAGUAUCGUGUCAAGGAAGUCGAGGAUGUCGUCUAUGACUUGAGCCUCAGAGGCUUGACUCCCAAGGAGUAG